CAGCCCCUUAUCCAGUUGCUGCCGCUCCUUCGGCAUUCAGACUGCUCAUGCGGUUCAUCUGUGACCUGUUCAUGCUGCUAGGGUCGGGAUGGCAGGGCUCCUGUGUAAGAGGCGCAAAAAAGGAGUGAGUGACCUCCAAGAAGAAGGUAAAAAUGCUAUCAAUGCACCAAUGAACCCAAGCACCAUGGACAUCCAUCCAGAAGACACACUAUUAGAGGAGAAUGAGGAACGCACUAUGAUUGAUCCUAACUCAAAAGAAGACCCCAAGUUCAAAGAACUGAUCAAGGUUCUAAUUGACUGGAUUAAUGAUGUGCUGGUGGAGGAGAGAAUCAUUGUCAAACAGCUUGAAGAGGACCUUUAUGAUGGGCAGGUGCUGCAAAAGCUGCUAGAAAAAUUGGCUGACCGUAAACUGAAUGUGGCAGAAGUGACGCAAUCUGAAAUUGGUCAGAAACAAAAGUUGCAAACGGUCCUGGAAGCUGUCCAUGAUUUACUCCGACCCCAUGGCUGGACAAUCAAGUGGAACAUUGACUCAAUCCAUGGCAAGAAUCUGAUUUCCAUUCUUCACCUUCUGGUAGCUUUGGCAAUGCAUUUCCGGGCUCCCAUUCGACUGCCUGAACAUGUGUCUGUACAAGUGGUAGUUGUACGGAAACGCGAAGGCCUCCUUCAGACCACUCAUGUUACAGAGGAGCUGACGACUACAAGAGAGAUGAUGAUGGGAAGAUUUGAGCGUGAUGCCUUUGACACACUUUUUGAUCAUGCACCAGACAAACUCAGCGUAGUCAAAAAGUCUCUGAUCACCUUUGUGAACAAACACUUGAAUAAACUGAAUUUGGAAGUAACGGAGUUAGAAACCCAGUUUGCAGAUGGUGUUUACUUGGUUUUGCUCAUGGGUCUCCUUGAAGACUAUUUUGUUCCACUUCACAACUUCUACUUAACACCUGAAAGUUUUGAUCAAAAGGUCCAUAAUGUUUCCUUUGCUUUUGAGCUGAUGCAAGAUGGAGGACUGAAGAAACCAAAAGCUCGCCCUGAAGAUGUUGUCAACUUGGAUCUGAAGUCUACCCUCAGGGUUCUGUACAACCUGUUCACAAAGUACAAGAACGUUGAAUGAUCCUGGAAGCUGCUGAGGUCUUCAUCCUUCCAACCUCCUUAGGCAGAAAUUACAAUAAAUACACCCUCUGCACGCUCCCUUUGUGCCUUAUGCUAUACUUCAUGCACUCUUUCUACAGUUGAUGUGGUCUCUCUGUAGCUGUUUGUAUGACAAUCCCACUGAAAAUAAUGCAUGUGUAUUCUCUAGUCUCUUGAAAAUGUGUAGAUAUUUCACACUUUCACCAGAAGAUACUGUUGAGUCUGUUGUUUGUUAUCAUCAACAAAUGUUCUUUUGAUAAAGGAAAUAUACCACUAACUAAUAAGGAGGGAAAACAUGAGACCUUCCUCAUG